UUACGUAAUGAUCCGGAGGGGGUGGCGUCGGGGUCAACAUACUCCUUGCGUGGAUCCACAUGGCGUCUGACAGUGCGGUAACAGACACAGGACUUCCCCAGCUAGAGCCGGGUGUGUUCACUGCGACCGCCUCCAUUGUCAUCGAUGCACCAAGGGAGGUCGUAUGGCAGGUCCUGAUGGAUUGGAAGUCGUACCAUGAAUGGAAUCCGUUUGUACGCAACCAAUGUCUAACGGAUGCAUCGAAACGACCACUUCCUGAAGCACAACAAAGCCCGCGCGUUGGUGACUAUUUAUACAUCUAUCCAGUUCACAUCCCGCCGUCGUUUGAUUCUCCAAGGCUGUUGCCUGCAAGCUCGACCUUUCAGAUGAUUACUGUCUUGGAUAUCCAGAAUUGCCGGUGUUCGUGGGUGAGCGUUGAAUACCCGAAAUGGAUGCUGCGUACAGAGAGGUGGCAGGUACUGGUGGAAGUAGAUGAAGGAGGCGGGCGGAAGAAAACGCGCUAUGAGACGAAAGAGGUGUUUAACGGACCGUUGGCAUACGUAGUCAGUGCCGUCGUUGGAGAUGGGAUCAAGAAGGGGUUCGUGGCAAUGGCUGAAGGGCUGAAGAAGAGAUCAGAAGAGGUACCUCUUGAUACGUGAUCUCGUCGUGUUUUCACAAAAGG